AUGCCUGUGAGCGUUGCCUCCCAGUCCACGAGGAUGAAUUCUGGUCGGGCGACGGAAACCGCCGACGACGGAGGCACUCGUAAAAGAACUUCCGCAAGCUUGGAGUCGGGUCCUAAGGGCCGGAUAAAGCACGGUGCUGAGUUGGAAAAGCACCGCACCAACGUUAGGGAGGUCCUGCUGUGGUCCAACGCGACGCCAAUACGGUGCCGAGGCGGGAUCGGGUACGCGUGCUGCUUCUGCGCGGACCAGUAUCCCGUACCCGCGGACCUGAAGCGGCACUGCCUAGAGCGUCACGGCGGCAACGCCAUCGCCACGUUCAUGAAGGGCCGCGACAUGCACGGCUACUUCGUGAAGCUCGACGUGACGGCCCUCCGCUGCAGCGUCUGCGACGAGCCCGCGGACACCCUCGAACACCUGAUGGAGCACCUGAAGAGCGCCCACUCGAAGAACAUCGACCUCACCAUAAAGAACCACAUGAUGCCGUUCAAGUUCGACACGGAGGAGCUGCGCUGCUGCGUCUGCUCGAACGCCUACCACAGGUUCCAAGCGCUGCAGGUGCACAUGAACAGCCACCGGCGGAACUACGUGUGCGAGGUGUGCGACGCGGGCUUCGUCAACCGGCACAUGCUGCGCUGCCACAGCGACGGGCACAAGACGGGCGCGUUCGGCUGCGACCGCUGCCCGAAGGUGUUCAAGACCCACCGAGCCCUGAAGCUGCACGAGCGCGUGACCCAUUCCCGCAGCAUGCCCCACAAGUGCGGCUACUGCGGCGAGCGCUUCAAAGAGAACUUCAACAAGAACGAGCACUUGGCCCGCGUGCACGGCGUUCGAGCGCCCUCUGUUAAGUGUCAGGCGUGCGAGCGCACGUUCGACACGCAGCAGCGCUGGCUGCUCCACAUGAAGCGAGACCAUCUAAUGCUCCGCCAGCACAAGUGCGGCCGCUGCGAGAAGGCGUUCUACGCGAGGCGCGAGCUAACCGACCACAUGGUGAAGCACACCGGCCUGAGGGAGUUUCGCUGCGAGCUGUGCUCGAAGUCGUACGGGCGGCUGAAGACGCUGAAGGAGCACAUCAGGCGGCUGCACCCGGACGACGAUAGGUUCAAGUGCGGCCAGUGCGGCUGGACGUUCGUGCACGCCGCCACGCUCAGGAAGCACGUGGCCGACAAGCACGGA